AGUUUGCUAGUAGUAAAAUUAACCUGAAUUCUUUUUUUUCCUAAUUCUUGAAUGGGAAGAAACGAGCAAGAUUUUUAUCCAUUUUUGUUUCCCUCCACCACCAUCUAUGCCUCUCCAUCUUCUUCUUCGUCAUCAACGUCACCUCCGUCAUCGCCGCCGCCAACUUAUUCGAGUAGUACUCAAUCUUCUUCUCACCAUUCUUCUUCUUCUUCUCUGAGUAUUACUUCUCCUUUUAAAUUAUACCCUUCAACUACACAAUUUUCUUCAACGGCUGAUGGCAAAAAAUUUAAUCGGCAAUUAACCGAAGAAAUUAUGGUCGAUGGAGCCAGAAAUACCGUCAAAUUUUUGCAGGAAUCAAUUGAAGAAGGAAAAAGAAGAUAUAGAGGAGUAAGACAGAAAUGGGGCAAAUGGGCAGCUGAGAUAAGAAAUCCUAUAGAGGGAUUUAGACUUCGGUUAGGCAUUUUUGACACAGCUGAGGAUGCAGCAAGAGCUUAUGAUGAAGCUGCCCUUAGAUUUAGUGGCAGCAAAGCUAUACUCAACUUCCCUGAAAAUUUCAAGCUCAGGCCGACUACUACUUCCAAUCCAAUGACUACCCAGUGUCCCAUUUCUGAUUCUUCAAAGGCCCGUGUUUCCGUUCCGGAUUCUACUCGGCCAAUUAUUCACUCUCAUCAAGCUGAUCAUGCCCGUAUGCAGGAAUCAAUUGAAGAAGUAAAAAGAAGAUAUAGAGGAGUAAGACAGAAACCAUCAGGCAAAUGGGCAGCUGAAAUAAAAGAUCCUAUAAAGGGAUUUAGAAUUUGGUUAGGCACUUUUGACACAGCUGAAGAAGGAGCAAGAGCUUAUGAUGAAGCUGCCCUUAGAUUUAAUGGCAGCAAAGCUAUACUCAAUUUCCCUGAAAAUGUCAAGCUCAAGUCGACUACUACCAAUCCAAUGACUCCCCAGUGUCCCAUUUCUGAUUCUUUGAACACCCGUGUUUCCGUUCGGGAUUCUACUCGGCCAAUAAUUCACUCUCAUCAAGUUGAUCAUGGCCGUAUGCAGGAUCCCGAGAGAGGCGUGGAUGAUAAAGAAAAGGGAGAUGAGAGUUUGCCUUAUUACCCUUUGGAUCCCCACAAGUUUGCCAUUGUUGAUAAGGUUUUUGGUGCUAGCAAUGGCAGCAAAAUAUUGCAGGAGGUACCAAUACAUCAAAGGAAAGAUGCAGUGAGCAGUUUGGUGUAUGAAGCAAAUGCCAGAGUAAGAGACCCACUUAAUGUAUGUGUUGGAGCAAUUUCUCUUCUGCAAAAGCAGGUCUCACAGCUUCAAAUGGCUCUAGCAGAGAUCUUAUGCAUUCAGAUGCAGAGCAAUGAACCUUCACUACCCAAGAUUAAUAAAACAAAUGAUGAUAAUUGAUAAGUCAUCAUUUCCCUAAGGUAUGUUUGGUUUAUGGAAUAAAAUAGCAUAAAAUAAAAUAUUUUUUUUACUUUUUAAAAAUUGUACCUAUUUUAAAAAAAAAUGAAGGAAUUGCAGUGAUUUUAUAAAAUUACUAUUCCAUCAACCAAACUAUGUAUAAUUAUUUUAUACGGAAUAUCUAUUCUGUUCCGAAUCUA